UGAAAGCGUCGUAGAGAUAAAUAAACGCACACCGCGCGAGCAGGCUGUGGUGGCAGAGGUUAUUAACACUACGAGAAUUUUAACUUCGUAACACUUAAUUUAAAGCUAACUUUAGUCUGUAUGAUGCACCUCUGCGCCUGCAGAGAAUAAACCAUAUCCGGGUGGACGUCGCUAAAGACUCUUAUUGCCACAAUGGUUUCCUACAAGAAGUUGAAUCCUGAAGAUGUCCAGUUUUCCAGCGCAGUUUUGUCAGAAGAGCCUGUUCAAGACGAAGUUUCAGCGCUGGAGCCAGAGGACGCCUCAUUGCUUCAACGUGGACCUUCAUGCUCCGUCACCACAGGCCUCCUGGUGAUCGGCUGCCUCCUGCUGGUGCUCUGUGGAGCAUGGCUACUGGGUGCUGUGUUCUGGCUGCACAAUCCCAACCAACAGGAGCAUAAACCGCCGCUGCCGGCCCCAGGACAAACACCGGGCCCCAAAGUGCAAUCGGCAGCGAAUGAUACUGCGGCCUCUUUUCGCAGUGAGGCAUGCAGUCUGAUACCAGAGGCGUGGAGGUUUGAUUGCUACCCUGAAAGAGGGGUGGUUGUUACCCGAGAGCUGUGCGAGGCAAGGAACUGCUGCUUUAUCCCUGCGUCCACCGCUUCCUCCUCUGCCAGCCGCCCAUCGGGGAAAAACGGAAUCCCUUGGUGUUUCUAUCCUCCAGAAUUCCCUUCAUACUCAGUCGUGUCACUAAAUGACACGCUGCUGGGACAGAAAGCUACGCUCGUGAAGGAGGUGAAGACGUAUUACCCUGGAGACAUCCUCACUGUAGAGGUGGAGAUGCGUUAUGAGACGGACAAGCGACUGCGUGUCAGGAUCACUGACCCUUCAAGCUCACGGUUUGAAGUUCCCAUCUCCGUCCCCACUGUCGCCAACAAGACAGAAAGCCCGGAUUAUAUCAUCGAGCUCUCAAAGCAACCAUUUGGUCUUGUGGUGAAGAGGCGCUCGACAGGAGCAGUACUUCUAAACACCACUGUGGCGCCUCUCUUCUAUGCGGAUCAGUUCCUCCAGUUCUCCACUUCCCUACCUACGCAGUUCAUUUAUGGCCUGGGCGAGCAUCGCUCCACCUUCCUGCACGAUGUCCACUGGAACACGCUCACCAUGUGGGCUAGAGAUGUGCCUCCAACGGAACAGACAAACCUGUAUGGGGCUCAUCCAUUUUACCUGGCAAUGGAGGAUGGAGGGAACGCACACGGCUUCUUCCUGCUGAACAGCAAUGCAAUGGACGUGGUCCUCCAGCCUGCCCCGGCCCUUACUUGGCGUACUAUUGGUGGGAUCCUUGACUUUUACAUUUUCCUUGGUCCUGAUCCUGGUUCAGUGGUUCAGCAAUAUGUGGAUGUUGUAGGAUACCCAGCAAUGCCAGUCUACUGGGCCUUGGGAUACCAUCUCUGCCGAUGGGGCUACGACACGAGUAAUUCUACGUGGGAGGUUGUCAAGAGCAUGAGGAAUUAUGGGAUACCUCAGGAUGUCCAGUGGAAUGACAUUGACUACAUGGACAAAUUUAUGGACUUUACAUACGAAUCAAAAAAGUUUGACACACUACCUGACCUGGUCAGGGACCUACAUGCUCAUAACCAACGCUACGUUAUGAUCCUGGAUCCGGGUAUCAGCAGCACACAACCCGAGGGCUCAUACUGGCCCUUCGAUGAAGGCGUAAAGAGAGGAGUUUUUAUUAAAGAUGCUGAAGGGAAAACACUUAUUGGGAAGGUGUGGCCUGGUCUCACAGCAUAUCCAGAUUUCUCUGAUGAAGUGACACAUGAAUGGUGGUAUGACAACCUAAAGAUGUUCCACAAUAAGGUGGCGUUUGAUGGAUUAUGGAUUGACAUGAAUGAGCCAUCAAACUUCCUGGAUGGAUCGACCAGUGGCUGCCCAUCAAACAAUCUUGAAAACCCUCCUUACACUCCAGGUGUACUGGGAGGUUUGCUGAGAGCCAAAACCUUGUGUGCCACCGCGCAGCAGAAGCAGUCCAUACAUUACAACAUGCACAGUCUGUAUGGACUGAUGGAAGCUAAAGCCUCUGCAAGCGCUCUGAAGCGAAUUGUGGCAAAGAGACCUUUCGUGAUCUCCCGCUCCACCUUCCCCAGUCAGGGCAUGUACUCUGGUCACUGGCUUGGAGACAACAGGAGUCAGUGGAAAGACCUUUACACUUCUAUAGCAGGUAUGUUGACCUUUAACCUUUUGGGCAUCCCGCUGGUGGGAGCAGAUGUCUGCGGCUUCAGCGAGGAGACGCAGGAGGAAUUGUGCGUCCGCUGGACUCAGCUGGGAGCUUUCUAUCCCUUCACACGAAACCACAACGCCAUCAGCGUGAAGCCUCAAGACCCGACAGCUUUCAGCCCGCUUGCUCGCACAGCCAUGAAGGAGGCUCUGCUACUGCGCUACUCUCUCUUCCCUGUUCUCUACACUCUCUUCCAUCACGCGCAUGUGCAUGGACACACUGUGGCUCGACCAAUAAUGUUCGAGUUUCCCAAAGACGUGAAAGCCUACGGCAUCGACAAGCAGUUCAUGUGGGGGAAGAGUUUGUUGGUGACGCCAGUGUUGGAUCCUGGAGUCGACUACGUGGAUGGUUACUUCCCUGAGGGUCUGUGGUACGACUAUUACACGGGCGACUGUGUGACCAGUAAGGGCGAAGAGCUUCGACUCAAUGCGCCUCUAGAUAAGAUCAACCUGCAUUUGCGCGAGGGCUCCAUUGUACCAACACAGGCACCCAACCUGACCCUGUGGGUAAGCACCGGUCAGCCUCUCCACCUCGUCUCGGCUCUGUCUCAAGACGGUUCAGCCAGUGGAGAUCUGUUCUGGGAUGAUGGAGAGACCAUCGACACCUACGAGACCAACCAGUACGCCUACAUCAUCUUCAGUAUUGCUCAGAACACGAUGACAUCCCAGGUGCUCUCUAACCACGUCGAGGCGUCAUACAUCACUGUGGAGUCAGCCUCCUUCUAUGGUGUGAAGGAGAAGCCGAGCAGAGUGUUGGUGAACUCCCAAGAUGCACCGUUUACCUACAGAACCAACAAGGUGUUAACAGUCGCUGAUCUGGGUCUCAGCCUGAGUCAGAACUUCACCAUCAGCUGGAUGUAAGCAGCCAUGAAGCCACAAGCUUGCACAGCGCACCAUCUCCGAGAAUAAGAACAGACAUUUCUUUCAAAUUAUUUUGGCUCUUGACUCAAAGACACUCGAUGUGAAAUAGGGAUGUCGGGUAAUUUACUUUAUUGAUGGUCGUCGCCCUUUAAAGAGGAGCAUUUCACUUAACUCUUCAAACCUUUCCCUGGGAGAUGCCUCUAUAUCUCUACAGCAAGCUUAGAAAUGAAAUCACUGGGUCUCAACAUUUUCACCAUUCAGGUGUCCUUGUCAGUGUUUCCACAUCUGCAUUGGGUUUCGUGCUCGUAGGCUUCAUAAGGGGGGGAUUCGCUUAAAAAAGAUCACAGCUGCUGAUGUCAAUGCAAACGCACUAGAAUAAAAAGGUUGCGUGAAUGUUAAGAGUUUAUACCCAAUCUCCAAAAGUUGAAUCUGUUCAUCUGGACGUAGCGUUUUGUGGGAGAAACGUUUCGUCACUCAUCCAAGUGACUUCUUCAGAGACUGAAGAAGUCACUUUACUUUCCUGGAUGAUUGAGAAUGCAUCAAGAUGUUUUAUACCCAAUGAUUAGGAAUAGAGCCAAAGCAAAGUGUCCGUCAGUUAGGAGUGAAAUUAAAGGUACUCAGGAGCGAGGGGGUCAUAACAUAGUGUUAAUAUCAUCCUAAUGCAGGCUUUGCACAAUUAGACAAAAUCGCCUUCCUGUGCUCGGCAUGCUUUGAAAAGCUUGUCAUCACUGACCAAUAGCAGUUUAGACGCAGCUUUAAUGUCUUUGGAAGACCACUCUCUUUGUGUGUAUCUGAUUUAAAUUUAUAGUUUGGUCUGGGUAGUCUAUACUAAGUUAAUGUAAUCAACACUGCAUUUUUAAUUUUAUUUUUGUUCCCUUUUUUAAGUCCUCAUGAGCAGAAAAAUGAUGUGCAAUAAAUGAGCGAGAGUGAAAUUAGCUUCCUUAAAAUGUGACAGCAUAGUUCAUGAUGUAGUUUGUUCCAUGUGCUUGAAAGUUGUUUACAGUCUGUUUUGCACUAAUUAGUACUGCAAUAUAGGAUGGGUGGAUAGGUGGGUGUGCCUUAUGAUUCCUUUUCUUCUUUUUUCUUUGUUUUUAAGCAUCUCUGCUUUAUAACGUCAGCCCCUUUUUCAACACUGAAGACCGUAUUACUGUUAAACACAAGAAGGACUUUACUGAUUACAAGUGUUGUACAAUCAUUUUACUGCGGCUCGUCACUCUGACAGAGCAGAAUACAAAUGAAAGCCAAAACUGGAUCCUUUUCCUUGUUUUGAGAUCAGCACUGUUCAUUUAUGCCUGAAUUUGAAAUUGAUUUAGUACAUUUGUCCUGAUUUAGUAUUUCUCACGGAUUCUUAUGGGCAACACUGGAAAAGAAUAUGCUGACGACGACAUGAAUGCGUGUUCGUAUGAUGUAAUCAUACUUCACCAAGUGUCACCGACAGUUUGUAGUAUUUUAUUUUGAAGGUAUUAUAAAUUUUUUUGUGCUUAAAUGGAAUUUCAGUUUGACUUUUUUUGAGUGUAACAUCAGACAAUAAAACAUUUCAAAACAAA